AUGAAUCAAUAACAAAUAAUAAUUCUUGGAAAUAAACAAAUGAAAUUCAAAUUAAGAAUGUAAUUAAUUAUUCAUAUUAAUAGCUUUUAAACAGAAACAAAUUUAAAAUAAACCAUUGAAUAAAUAGUUUAAAAUAUAACAAUCAAAUUAAAAUAACAAGAAACAGAUUAAUUCAUUAAAGAAUUAAACAGUCCUAUGCUAGCAUAAGAUUCAAGUAUGACAUUAUAUCAAGCUCCUAUUGAAAAUAGUAGCUCAACUUAAGAUAUAUUAGGAAAGAUUGUUGUUUAAGAAAUAAAAAAGGUUAGGGCAGUGAAAUAAUUCAUUUUCAACUAAUUUUGUUCUAAUGAUCGAUUUCUAGACAAAUCAAUCAAUUCUUCAUUAAAUACUUAAUAAUAAUAAAUUCAAAUAAAUAAUGCACCUAAUAAAAAUAGAUAAAAUAAUGGAGGAAGUCCUUCAAAAUUCUAAAAUAAAGCAUUUUUAUAAGAACCAUAAUUAGAUCAGAAAUUAUAGAAUUAAUAACUUAAAUAAUUAGAUUAAUUUAUUUAAAAUACUAAUCAACAAUACUUUUAACUUUAAGAAUAAAUAAAAAAAUAAAUCUGUGAAUUAUAAAUUUAACAAAACUUAUAGGUAUCAAAUAUUAUUAUUGGAAUAAUAUAUCAAAAAAAUUGA